UUACAAAUCUCACUUGCUUCAGUGUCUCAGUUAAGCUAAGGCUAAAUCUAAAGCUAUCUUUGCUGUUCUUCGCGCGGUCUCCUCUUUUCUUCUUCAUUUUUUUCCUCUGUAAAAUUCCCCUCAAGGUUUCAAAAACGUCGCCGUUUUAAAAGUUUCCGGCUUUCGUUUUUGCCACAAAACCGCUAGUGGUUUUCCGGUUAAUCGGAAUACAUUAUUAUUAUCCCUAAUGCAUUUGUUUUGAGAGGAAUGGGUUGUGUCUUCGGGAAGCAAUCACACCCACCGUCUUCAGAUCGCCGGCGGCGGAGCAAAACCGUAGCUUCACCACGUCAUCCACGUACUCAUCGUCGCAGGAGCUGUGGUGAACCAUCUACUGAAAUCUCAGUCGUUAAUGCUGUGGACCCAGUUGUGGAUGUUGAAGAGAAGGAGAGACCGAAGCAACCGAAGCAAAAAGCUAGACAUACUGGUGAUUUCCCGGUGAGCAUUCCGGCACCGGAGAGACGACGGACACCAUCAGACCUUAACCAACAAGGGUGGCCGUCGUGGUUGAUGGCUGUAGCUGGUGAAGCCAUCCGUGAUUGGACCCCAAGACGUGCCAAUACAUUUGAAAAGCUUGACAAGAUUGGACAAGGGACUUACAGCAAUGUGUACAAAGCUAGGGAUCUAUUAACAGGGAAAAUAGUGGCUUUAAAGAAGGUUAGAUUUGAUAAUUUAGAACCAGAGAGUGUAAAGUUCAUGGCAAGAGAGAUACUUGUAUUAAGGAAACUUAAUCAUCCAAAUGUAAUUAAGCUUGAAGGCUUAGUUACUUCAAGAAUGUCAUCUAGUCUUUACUUGAUAUUUGAAUACAUGGAGCAUGAUCUUGCUGGCCUUGCUGCUUGCCAUGGAAUCAAGUUCACUGAGCCUCAGGUAAAGUGUUAUAUGAAGCAGUUACUUUCCGGGUUAGAGCAUUGCCACAACCAAGGUGUUUUGCAUCGUGAUAUCAAGGGUUCUAAUCUUCUUAUUGACAAUGAAGGGAUUUUAAAAAUUGCUGAUUUCGGGCUGGCUACCUUUUAUGAUCCUGAGCAGAAGAAACCCUUGACUAGUCGAGUGGUUACACUUUGGUAUCGUCCACCUGAACUACUUCUUGGGGCAACUUAUUACGGUGUUGGGGUUGACCUCUGGAGUGCUGGGUGCAUUUUGGCUGAGCUAAUUUCUGGGAAGCCAAUAAUGCCAGGAAGGACAGAGGUUGAACAACUGCAUAAGAUAUUCAAGUUAUGUGGAUCCCCUUCUGAGCAAUAUUGGAAGAAAUCCAAAUUGCCAAAUGCAACGCUCUUUAAGCCACAGCAGCCAUACAAACGCUGUAUAGCUGACACUUUCAAGGAUUUUCCGCCUUCUUCUUUACCUCUUAUUGAAACUCUUCUUUCAAUAGACCCUGAAGAACGAAGUACUGCCACUGCAGCCCUUAACAGCGAAUUCUUUACCACUGAACCAUAUGCUUGUGAGCCGUCAAGUUUACCGAAGUAUCCCCCGAGCAAAGAAAUGGAUGUAAAAUUGAGAGACGAACAAGCCAGAAGGCAAAGAGGUCUAGCCAGCAAGGUUAAUGCAGUUGAUGGUGCUAGGAAAGUUAAAGUUAGUGAACGUGCUAAUCGAGCAGUUCCUGCCCCCGAAGCAAAUGCAGAGAUUCAAGCAAACUUAGAUAAAUGGAGAGUAAUGACACAAACAAAUGCAAAAAGCAAGAGUGAGAAAUUCCCACCUCCCCAUCAAGAUGGAGCUGUUGGGCAUCCAUUAGAUGCUUCACAUAAAGGGCCUCUAUCUUUUUCCGCAACUGACACUACUUUUGGCUCAUCAAUUUUCAACUCUAAGUCAUCCGAAUCUGCUAAAAAUCCUGGACCUGUCAUCGGUUCUUCGAGAAGAAAGAAAACCAAUAAAGACCCCCAAAGGGCUCCAUCUAGAAAGUUCAUCCGCGGUUUCAAACCAUCCUCGAUAGGCCUAUCGAUGGAUUUCCUGUUCCGAGGUAAGUCUGAGGUGAUUCGUAGCUAGAAUUAGAAUAGUUUUCCAAGUUUAUAAACCUUUUUUUUAAGGGACUUAAAAUGCGGUUUUCCCAUUUAUUCUGCCCCCAUCUAUUUUGUAUCUGAUCAUAUAAAUAUCUGGUGUAUAAUCCAUGCCAAGAUCCCACAUUAUUUGGUGUAUAA